AUGAUCUCACAGCAUCCCGUGCGUGCGCGCAAGCAACCACAAGCUAGGCAAACGACAGCAAAUGGUCUACUCGCACCUAACGAUGCCUUGCUCGCUCGAGGCAGGAGCAUGUCAGCCAGCAGCAGAGGAUCUCGACCGCCUUCGGCAUGUGGUUCACAACUGCGUGGUACUAAUAUCAGUCGUGCACGCUCACCUCUAGUAUCCCACUUGCCAUUGUCUUCAACUAAUGCUCAGAUCACCACCACAGGUUCCCUCAGCAUUCCGCAUGCGCCAUCAUCCAAUGGCUCCUUGGACGAGCCUAUAACUGCUGGUGUGCGUCGCCAAAGGGUGGAUUCCGGUGCGAGUCAUGGUUACCCUGUUACCCUUACGCCUCACAGCACAAAACGGCUCAAAGUCUAUGCAAAUCAAGUUGCGGAGGAGGUUGGUGUUCCAAACACCAGUCUUCAUGAGUUCGUUGAUUGCAGAGGGAUAUACCAGAUGCUCAUAAGGAUUGUAGCCCUUGUGCCCAAGAACGACGGCGAAGAAAAACUUAGAAUACUCGCCAAUCUGAAAGAGUUGCUGGCCUCUAAAGAUUUCAAGUCUGUGCUUCAAAACCGUCUAGUCGCAUGCAUGCUUUCGCCCAACAUCACUGCAUAUGUGACAGACACACACCCACAGAUCUUGAAAUUUAUCAAGAAAAAUCAAGACAUAUUCAAAGUACCGGAGACGCUGUUCGAGGACGUGGAACUCUCCUCACUGUUUGGUAAGAUUGUCAGCAAGUGUCUCUCUACCAUCCGUGGCAAUAUGAAAACUAAGUUGACUGCGUCUAUUGCUAAACGCACUUGUAUCACAGACAUCGCAAGGGGCCUUGGUCAUGGUUGUAUUGAAGUUGAUGCAGCUCAUUGGAACAGGUUCGCAUUUUUGCGGCGCUGCUUGCGUGUCUACCUACUCGGUAUCAGCAACUACAGGACCGUUCCUCUGAAGACUCUUUACUCCCCCCUGCUCAUAUCUUCUCUCCCAAAAGAAGUCCACCAAAAAAUUGGACUGCAGCUUGGCAUCGAUAUCAAUGAGAUAGAGCGCAACAUGCUCGACGGUGAUGCCGAAGAGGACGACGAUGGUGCCAAUGCCUUUCAAGAUACCGCCGGUGAAAAUGCAGCCCCUGGAGAUAUUGAUAGUGGCGGUGGCAAUGAGGAGAAUGAGAACCUCAAUGCAAAUGUGGAUUAUGAUAAGGAUGAUGUGGACAUCGAGCCUGAUGUGUGCGACUCAGGGGGCAUUGACGGGGAUGGUCUGGUUGUCGCAGAGAAAGAUAAGUCUGAGUCUGACCUCUACACAGCGGGAAGAUUUUGGAAUUUUGUAGACUCCUCGCUUGCAAGCGCCCGUGAUGCUGCGAAGGAGCAAGCGAUGGAAGAGGAGGGUCUGGCAUAUGAGAAGGCAUAUAGCGAGAUCAUCGUGCAGUAUCUACAGCAAGAUCUUUCUGAUUUUCCUGGAAGGACCAAAGUUCCAGCGCUCUUCUCCACCAACCGCCCCCAGUGGCAAUUGACUAUUCAGAACGAACUCUUUUGGAAACAUACUUAA